GCGGGCAGGAGGACUUCGGUGCUCCCAUUAGGUCUUUGGCUUUGCUGGGGCUGUCUCACUCCUCUCACCGGGGGAGACGCCAUGUCCACGACCCUCUGCCAAGUGAUGGGCUUCCUUGUCUCGUCGCUGGGUGUUGUGGGGUGCAUCAUGUCCACUGCCAUGGAUAUGUGGAGCACGCAGGACUUGUACGACAACCCGGUGACGGCCGUCUUCCAAUAUCAGGGACUGUGGAGGAGCUGCGUGCGGCAGAGCUCUGGCUUUACAGAGUGCCGGCCAUAUUUCACCAUUCUUGGGCUGCCAGCAAUGUUUCAGGCUGUGAGGGCCCUUAUGAUCGUGGGUAUCGUCCUGGGCAUCCUUGGCCUCUUUGUGUGCAUUUUUGCUAUGAAGUGCAUCCGAAUUGGCACCAUGGAGGAUUCUGCAAAAGCCAAUAUGACUCUGACCUCUGGCAUCAUGUUUAUUAUUGCUGGUCUGUGUGCCAUCACUGGAGUGUCUGUGUUUGCCAACAUGCUGGUCACAAACUUCUGGAUGUCCACAACCAACAUGUACCAGGGAAUGCAGAAUGUCCAGAAUAGGUACACCUUUGGCUCAGCCCUCUUUGUUGGCUGGGUGGCAGGCGGCCUGGCCCUUGUGGGAGGAAUCAUGAUGUGCCUUGCGUGCAAAGGAAUGGUUCCAGAGGAAUCCCGGUACAAGGCGGUGUCUUACAAUGCAUCAGGACGGAAUAUCUCCUACAGAACAGGGCCGUAUAAGGCUGGUUCAGGGUACGAACCUGAAACGAAGACUAGGAAGGGUCCAGGGUAUGAAGAAGCUCCUCGGAGUGAGGAUGCAGGACGCUCAUACCCUUCAAAAUACGACUACGUCUAGUAGACUUCCUAGGCUUGAGAUGUGCUGUAUUUUAUAGAACGUUUUUCACUUGAGACACAAAAAGUGUACACGAAUAAGGCAGUCUGUAAAUAGGACUUUAUUUUCUAUUGUUUUUCUCCUACUCAAAAGCAGUACCCUAACCAUGUUUCUUUUAUUCUUCUGCCUGUUGGCAUACCCAUCAUGAGGAGGCCUGUAACAAAAGUAAUGUCUUUUUCUGUUCUCAGAAUACAACUGUUUCCUCAUCUUUUACAUAUAAACUCUGACAGUCGGGACCAGGA